UGGGUCAUGAACAGCUUCAGCAAAACACGCAGUUUCCUUCCCUGAUAUCGCAACGCGGCUUUUAAAACUUGCAUCCCUUCCUCUACGACGCCGAAACCCCGCUCGUAACGCCUCCAAACGCUCCUUACCUGGCGCAUGUACCCCACGAGGCGCCUGUGUGGAAUGGCAGAGCGUAGGGAGACGAGGAAGUGAGGGAAAAUAAAAACCUGCCGGUAUUAAGUGUCUGGCGGUGUGUGGCGACGAGAUGGCGGCGGCGGCGGCGGUGGUGGUGGCGGGGGCCCGGACUCAGGUGGCUCCGGGUGGCUGGCAGCGAGUGUGAGUCGGACAGUGGCAGGCGGGAGUGGCCCAACGCUGAGCUCUCCGCGAUCGAUAUUUACCUUGGCAGCAGCAGAACAGGCGACGCAGGGUGUGGGGUAGGAGCAAGCAGGCGGGCAAGCAGGCGAACGAACAAGCGAGCACAGAAGCGAACGAAGCAAGCAAACCCUCGACUUAAUUAGUGUGAGAGUGCGUCCAUGCGUGUUUGUGUGUGUAGAUGUGAGUGCGGCGACACCAUACAUUCUAGCGAGCCAAUGACGUGAGCGAGAGGGAAAGAAAAAGAUGGUCUAAAGAGAAAGGGAUGUAAUACUCGAAUAAAAAAUGGAGUAAACCCGAAAAAAAACGUGAAGUAAAAUAAGGAGGAAGAAAGGAGCGGAAACACAGAGGAAGCGAAGGCCGCCAGAGAACACCACAAGCCACACAAAACCCAAUUGAACGUUAUGAAGAGAAGCUCAAGAGAUUAACAGUAGCAACAGAAGUGGUAGUAACAGUAGUGGCAGCAGCAGCGACAACAGUACUUAGCCACAGUCAUCCAUAGCCACAUCCACAACCAUGGGCGUCGUGGGAGUGUCUUAGAGGGUCCCAUGCGCCUUUCCCCGCCCUGCCCCGCGUGGAUGUCAGUGACUACCGCACGUUGCCGGGCACUGGCACCGCGAGGAACCUGUGAGCCAAAGUGUUGAUCAGAGUGCAAAGAGGCGGUGGUGGUGGUGGAGGAGGCGGUGGCGGCGGUGGCGGAGGUGGCGGUGGUGGUGUUGGCUCCCCGUUGACCGUGUUGGUGGCCUCCAGUGACACGUGCCUCACCCCCGAUGAGCUGGAAGAGGAGUCCCCGCUGGCGCCAUGUAGAGCAGGCGACCUAGCCAUGUUGUCCUCGCCUGGGGUGAUCGAAGUGCCGGUGGAAGCCACAGCGUUCCUCGGGGCCGUCGCUGCCUUUGUGGUGUUCCUCUUCGUCCUCUUCCUCUAUCUCAACAAGAAACUCUGCUUCUACACCGUCGGAAACUUCCCCUGCUGUGACGACCCCGUGACCAAGCCCGACAAGCUCAAGGAGUUGGGUGCUGCUUACAACUAUGGCGAAGGUGAGAGCUCCAGCGACAGCGAGGAGGAGGCGGCCAAGCGUCUCUCCUCCUCUAAGAGCUUUCCUUCGGGCCUCCGCGACAAUCACCACCCCCACGCCGCCCACAACUCGGCCUACCACGCCUACAACCACUACGGCCACCACAACUACCACCAGUUCGGGCCAGCGAGGUCGCCUUCCCAGUACUCGGCGCCGGAGAAUGGGGUCACUUCUACGGGUCGCGGCGACACCACCUUCUCGGGUUGUGAUGCUAAUGCCGACCUCAUCUCCCUCGCUGAGAAAGGCCGUGCAGGCGUCUCAGGCGAGGAGGAGCCUGUGGGGGUGGGCGUCACCUCCUCAUCCGCCUCCUCCUCGGGCUCCACCACUAGCGGCGACGAUGACCUUCUGACCCACCGGGCGCUACGACACAGGGACCCCCGGGCGUACAGGCAGAUGUCCCCCGGCCGCUCUCCCUAUGACGGAACUUACCACCAGGAGUGCCGUGAGGAUGGGACGGUGGGCGAGGCGCUGCUGGUAAGGUGCGGCACCAUUGAGGCGGGCUUUGCUUACGACCUGCCCACCAGGACACUCACGGUGCACAUCCUCCAGGCCAAGGAAGUCCCCAGCAAGGAACGAGGCGGGGCAGCGAACACACAGGUGAGCACACAGGUUCGGGUCCUCCUCCUCCCGGCCAGGAAGCAGAAACACAAGACCCGCAUCAGGCCGGGAGAAAACCCACAGUUCAACGAGGCUUUUGUGUUCACCAAGGUUAAUCCAGAGGAGGUGCAGCAGCUUGGGGUUCGACUGCGACUGUACGGCUGCGAGCGCAUGAGGCGGGAGAAGAUGCUCGGAGAAGUGAUCGUUCCCUUUGCCUCCAUCAACCUCACUCUUGGGAAUACUUUUUGGCUCACCCUGGAACCUCGUGCUAACUUGGCUCGUUCGGAGAGCCGUACGGAGGUGUGCAGCCUGACUCGGAGCGACUCCACCGGCUCCACCCACUCAGUGCACAGCGGGGUGCCAGAGCUGCUCCUCGGCCUCACCUACAAUGGCACCACGGGCAGGCUGGCGGUGGAGGUCAUCAAGGGGUCACACUUCAGGAACAGUGAUGAUUUCAGGAACUCAGCCAACACGCGGGCCCCCGAUACCUAUGUCAAGUUGGUCCUCAUGUCAUCGAGUGGUCAGGAGAUCGCACACAGCAAGACCUCAGUCCGCCGUGGCCAGCCCAACCCACUCUUCAAGGAGACGUUCAUGUUCCAGGUUGCACUGUUCCAGCUGCCUGAUGUUACGCUGAUGGCCUCAGUGUACACCAAGAGGAGCAUGAAGAGGAAAGACAUGAUUGGCUGGUUCGCUCUUGGCCUGAACAGCUCUGGGGAGGAGGAGCUCGCCCACUGGAACCAAAUGAGAGACUCGAGGGGAGAGCAAGUUUGUCGGUGGCACGUCCUCCUCGAGUCGUAGGUAGCUUGUGAAGUAUUGUUACGUUUUCCGAUGGUUUGGUAUACGUACUUGUAUUAUUCGGCUGAGGGGGACAUAAGGUUGUUUUUGAUGCUACCUUUUGGCUGCCAUUAUUUGUGGUCUCUGUGGAGGAGAGAUUGAAGGCUUCUUUGUGAGAGUUUGGCUUCACCGCCUUGAGUCUCUCCUUAAGUUGUGGUUGUGUGGCCUCCAUGUGUUUGUAAGUGGUUCUUGUUGGCAUCUUCAGGUCAUUCUUUCUGAAGGCUUGCACUCAGUCACUUUUCCUUGCCAUUCAUCUGCACUGUUUCAGAUUUCUCUUCUUGUGUUUCUUUGGCCUGAGUGUUGUGUCAGUGGUGUCUGGCAUAUUUUGUGAGGUUUGGGUUGUUGGUGAAGAGUCUGUGGUGCUGUGGACUCUGCUCUAGUGUUAAUGUGUUUGGUGUGUUGUUGAUGUCUGGCAGGCCACAGCAGAAUUACUCGGCCAUGGUGUGAUGUGCAACACUCAAGCUCUUUAUGAGACAUUGCAAAAGUGUAGGAAGUUGCUGAGUCUUUUAGUACUUGACCUGAAAGAAGGUUUGGAAUAUAUUGCAAUUAGACAAAAAUAUAUGUAUUCAGCUGACCUUGAAUUGUCUUUGGUGCAGAAUGUGAAGUCUGAAGGCUUGUAAAGUACGAAGUUGGAGCUGGUCUCCUUUCCAUUGUCGUCCUGUUACUGUACCUCUCAGUGUUGUGCUUCGCCUGCCAUAUGUAGCUGUAGGAGAGGGUUGGCCGGAGUGCUGCCGGCCCUUCCUUCCAUGACAACGAGUGGGGAUGAACCUGGACUGGGUGCUGUUUGGUUUCUGGUCUUGCUCAUUGCCUUCCCAUGCAGUGAGUUUUCUUUGUGCUGCUCUCAGAGUUGUCUUGGUCUUAAAAGGUGUACACUCUAAUAAAAGAAAAAAGUAUCCACUUCUGUGAGACUGAUUUCAGUAGGAAUGUUACUGUACUGUUUCCUGUACUUCAGGAUGCUAAAGAUACAGCCUCAGAAAAUAUUCUUGAUAAGUGCCGUAUUGAAGAGUCAAUGUCAUCUUCUCAAGCCAAUCAGGCCCUGGGACUGAAGACUUGUUCCUUGUUGAGUGUACACAGUUGUACCUUUUGUGGUAAGAGUGUCUAAUCCCAUCACUUGGUCAAGGCAGCUUUGUUAACUCAUGGGUUUGGCCACUAUAACUGCCAAACCAUUCCAUGGCCCCGUUAGGUGCAUAUUUUCAUGCAUUGUCUGGACUCUGCCCAUAUAUUCUCUGUGAAUGCCAUGGAAAUGUAUCCUUGUCCUAAUGGCUUGGGGCUCUGUACACCUUAGUGAUAGACCAUUGUGCUUGCCUCUGCUGUAUGAUAGUAGUGUAGCAAGCACAGCAGCAGCAGCAGCAUAUUGUGUAUAGUUUCCCAGUGUGGAAUACUGACAAUUAACUUUCUCAACUGCAGUUUGUCUCAUACAUAGUUACUGGUAACAUUUGAUGAGAAUGUAUACACAUGGUGGGAUGUAAUAGCUAGCUAUAUGGCAAUAUCUCCUUUUGCAUCAUUCAGAAAAAAAUUGGCACACAGCCCAUGGAGAGCUGAUUGAAGAGUCCUUGAAGAGCUGGUCAAAGGAAGGAAGCUUAAGAUGUGCUCUGGAAUCUUGCAUUGCUCACUGACAUCAGUGAUGGUAACUUUGAACAGUUUUACUCUCCAGCAUAUUUUAUUAAGACUGUUUUAGGCUUUCCUUCUUAUAUUGCUCUGUGCUCAUUUGUGUUGGUAAACUGCAAGCAGUUGUUAUGUAAGACCAUCAAGGGACAGUCAGUGUUCUGCUUUGCCUGUUAAUAAGAUGACAAUCAGGUGUGUUGAUGGAGCAUUCUGAUGUGUAAGAUGUAUCAUGAUGCAAACAUCAAAAUCAUUAUAAAAAGUUUUGUUUAAAAGUGUUACUGUGACAUGCCACACUUUGAGAUACAUGGCAACACAGGCCUCGAGUGAAGAAAGAAACAAGUAGAACUAAGAUGCAGCUUAUCCACCAAAGGUCUACUCAAGCCUCAGCCUCCCAGGUGUGUGGAGAGUCCUGUCAGCAGUACUGCAUGGUAGUGGCCUUACACCUCCAGCUUGAUAUCAAGACUCCUGUGUGGUAUACACAUACUUGGCAGUCUGUGGUACUCCUGUAAGAUUUAUUCAGUCAUUGUAUAGCAAGAUUUCUGCUUUCAUAUUUGAACCUGUCUUGAAGGCCAACAUAAACAACAACUAGUCAUCUUAGUGAGCUACAGUGUAGCAUAGACACUGCUGGGGUGUGCUGGCUCGGUAUAUGAGCCCUUUUCUUGCUGCCCGCUCUACCCUCAAAAUUCAGACCAUCAUAAUAUCCAUAGUUUUGCUGAUUCAUUAUUCUCUGUGGAUAACACCCAUUCUUUCAACUAGGUAAUCUUGCAGUGUUGUUUUUGCAUGCAUUUAGGGCUUGGAAAUGCCUGAGCAAUUUUAUCAAUUGAUUUUUACUUCCUUUUUAGGCUGUCAUAAAUUGAAACACUGUAAUAUAUCAACAGUUUGGUUCAUCUAACAUUGGUGAUUUUCAAGUGAACUGCACAUUGUCUCUUGUUGGGUGUGAGAUCAAUGGGGUGGUGAGGAUUUGUAAUGUUCUGUCUUGAAGGUUGUAUUGGCUGUUGUACUUGUGUUCACAAUGAAUACCAGUAUCUAUUUAAAGUUCCAGCACCAAGGUCUCUUAUGGCUUGGUUUUAUUCUGUCAGUCACAUGAAGAGAAGCAGUUCAUAAUAGUAGCAGUAGUUUGCAGUUUAUUUUAACUUUAAUUCAACAAAAUAUUUCAAAAAGGAGAACAUCAUCAAAGGCUUUAUAAAGAUGGAUAAACUGUUGUGACUAGUAAUUAAAUGCACCAAAGAGGAUAAGAAAAAAUGGUUUUGUCAGUGUGUGCAGAGCUAGGGUUGGACAGGCUGUGUCGUAGGAGGUCAGUCAAAACAAUCACUGGCAACAUAAUCAUGUCGAGGACUGAUGAUAUAUUGUUGGCUUUAAAUCAUUGAUAUAUUAUAACAUUUUAUAGGUGUUUCCAAACUUUAACUGGGAAAAAUAUUUAUCUUUAGACUAGAAUGCCAUGUUGUUGCUCGAAUGUGGAGUUGCCAGACGUCUGUUGUUCUUACUUGACCAUCGGUUUGUCACGAAGAAUUGUUUUACAAGCUAUUGUUACCUGUGGUUUAUUUUCAUAACUGAGCACUUGAAGUUUUUGUUUCAUAUAUUGCUCUAACUAAAAUUUUACCAACAGUCUGAGCAUAACAGUUUUUUUUCAUAAAAGCAUACAACUUGUUCUUUUAGUUAACUUACUGUUACACACAAGCAUAUUAUACUCCUCUCAGUGUUUUGAAAGAAUGGAUCGUAACCUGCACACGAAACAAUCCCUGCGUGUAGCAAGACAGAGCAAUCAUGUUGCUUCUCUGAGAUAAUCAAGUAAAUGUAUUGAGGUACAGAUAGUGGUGGCAGAAAAUCAGCUUGAUGUAGUCUGGCAUGGAUGGAAAGUUCAGAAAAUCACGUGAUUUUGCUAGGCUAGGGUAGAGGUGAGCCUACCGCCCUCUCACCACGGGGGUGGCGAGGGACGCCCAGAGAGCAGGUGAGGCAGGGACGCAGGCAAGCACCGGGCCCGCCACACCCUCCUGGCUGCUCCAUGUACUUGUGAGGAAAUCUUUUGUGCUUGUUACUUUAAAAAGUGUACAUUUCUAGUGUUGAUUUAUUUUUGUACUGACAUUUCAAUAUAAGUCUGUACAUAUAUCAACUUACCGUCAUUUUGCAACACAUUCCUCAAAUAUGUUGGAGUAUCUAGCUAGAACAGACUUAUGCUCUGUAUGAGGCAUAUACAUAUACAUAUAUAUAUAAAUAUAAAUAUACAUCGUGUAUGUACAUAUUGACCGCUGUUCACAUUUCUCUCCCUUGCUCCCAUCGCCAGUACGCUUAAUUGAUGCCCAGCACCAAGUUUGUUGCCAUUACCUGUACCCUUGGUAACCCCAUGCCGCCGAGGCUCACAAGGCCCCAGAUGCUGUGUGGGGCGACGGGCCAAGAGGGACUAGUACUGAGAGCGGUUUGAUUCACAACAAUUCAACUUUACAUUACUGACAAGUUUUCACUACCUUUAUGCAAGGAAUGUUCAGGCAACUAUUUCUUUGUUUUAGGUUCUUACAUGGAUGCUAAUUAAGAGUCAGCAUUGUUCCACUGUGUGCACCAGGAUCCACCAUUGCAAAGUGGAGCACCAGGGUGGCCAGAUAAUGGAAUGACUUGGUGAUGGGCCCGUGACAGUGAUGCCAUACUGUUUGAGCUGUUAUUAAAAGCACAUCUCGUGGGCCUUGUGCCUGUGUGCCCGUGUUUGUAAUGUCUCUUGAAUGGUUGGUACCUUAGAAACUAGAUGUCGUGAUAUACUUGAGUAGCUUGAUAGCAACAUUCAAUGCAACUACUGAUAAAUAAACUGGCGUAUUUGUGUUGGGAGUGAUCCAGUCUGUGAUCUUCACGCUCAUACUCUGGCAUCUGGGCUUCACUAGUGCGAUGGAGACUACUUGAGUGUAGGGAAGAAACUUUCAUUUUGGUGUUGAAAAGUUGGAUGUUAGGGUGAGGCUACGCACUCACUCUGUUUAUGUGUAAUUUGUUGUUUUAUAGAAGAGUUUAAAAAAGUAUUGAUAUCAAUUCCAUAUAUCUGUGUUUGUGCAUGCUGCAGUAUUUUAUCUGUUUUCAGAAUUUCUCAGUGAAGUGCAGUGGUUGUAAACUGACUGGUUUACAGACUGACACAGUCACCCUGAAAUUUUAUAUUGUUACAGUUAUUUUCUUGAGAGAGUUUAUCAGCUGAGUUUUAAUAUCCAGUAUCUUAUAGUGGUUUGAGUCAUUUAAUUUCUACAUAUCAAAAACAUUUUUUAUUUUUACUUUGUUCCUCUUAAGUAUGUAAAGCCUUGUGAUCUUGGAUGCUUUACGCUGGGUGGGUUCAUUGUUUGCCUCACCACACCAAUAUCUGAUUUCAUUGACAGGAUUUUUUUCUUUGAAGGAUAAAAAUUGUUGAAUUUGUUUGUAUAUAUGUUCCUUUUGAGAGCCAAGGGAUUGGUUGGUCUGUGGUUAUCUAUUUUUGUAAGAGUACUACGUGGAUCACCGAGUGCAGCAGAGAAAAUUAAACUAUUUUGAAGUUGUUACCUAAGUCAUAGUUAGUAUAUAAUUAGUUUGUUGGAAAUUUGAAUUGUAUAUCAUUGUAGGCAGCAGCAGCAGCAGCAGCAGCAGCAGUGUUUUGAAAGUGGCUUGGAUGACUUUCAUUGGUUGGUUGUGGAACCUCACGGCCGGAAGCGAUGGUGUUGGUGUUGGUGGAGUGUGUCAGUGUUGCUUGAGUAAGUGGCACUGAGGUGUGCCGGAUGUUGGUUACCAUGAAAAAAUAUAUGACUUGCCUCAAAGUAGGAGGAAAAGCUUAAAAAUGUUGUAUAUCAUUACUUUCAAGUUUGGCCUGACUUCACUCGUAUAUCUUAUUUGAUGUUCUGUAAAAUCUUAAUGGAAACAUUUUUCAAUCAGUUUGCUGAAUGAAAGUCAUGCACCUCCUGAGAGUGAAGUGAAUGAACACCUUAUUGGUCAGGCCUUUGAUUGAUGUUGAUUGUGACUAUUGGGACAGAACUCUCAGAAACAUAUUUAAGAAGUUCUAAUCAGCCAACCUCUUGCUUUCCCACGCCAUGUGGCGACCCUGUUGUGAUUACUAUACUCUUGUCGGACAUUUGUCGAAGGUUUCAGCGUUGGUCUCGGAAGAAUCUGUCCUGGGGUUGUGUGUUGUCAUUGUGGUUGGGUCAACUCCCAGGUUGUGAUGGCACGUCAACAGACCGUGAGAAACACCUUGCACAAAACUUUAUGGCUGACCUCUGCACCGUCAGGCUAGCAAAUGAGAAAAUUCUGUCUUGUCUUUACCACAAAUCUUGGAGGAAGAACCAGAUUGUAAAAUGUAACUUAUUAAAAAAAACAAAUAACUUCCAUAUUAGCAGAUUUCACAUCAUGUUUUUUUCAAUCAAAAUACUAGAAAUUCAAUAGGCUCUUAUUGCUUUACAUACUGAAAUGUGAAGCUAGGUCUUCACAUAGCAUAAUAUCCUCCUGUCUGGGGUGUGAAGGCCUUAAGUGGUCGCUCAGGCCUGGUGUGUCAUGACUGGAGAUGGACUACUCUCCCAUUUUCUCACUAUUUCUGAUGGUGCUUUGGUUAGCUGUUUGAAUCCCUCCUUCACUGUGACUAGAUGACCUGUAUAUGUGUAUUGUCUGUGUUUGUGUUUGUCUGUUAGUAGAUUGGAAUGUCGGAAAACAGUGUUACCCACUUGCGGGUCUUGCUUUUAAGCGCCUUGAGGUUUCUCCUGUUUCAGGAGCAUAUUAUAUGCCUUUGGGCGCCUUGUGAAUAUUUCGGGUGCCAAAUGUUUGCUUCAGGUACCUGGAUCAAGCUUGAACAAGGACCACAUUAUCAGAGUAACAUUCUCAACUUGUGACUUUCCAGUGCAGACUUUUUUUAAUUUCUCAAAAUCUACAGAACUAUUCUACAUACCAAAAAUUAUCCAAAACCUUUGCAAUACCUGCAGGUUUUCCAUUUCUUAAGUCCUUAUGCAGGUUUAUUGAUUCAUAUGUCGGUGAUAUGGAAACGGUUUAGUAGCAGUGAUCUGUAGUCCGUUGCUGUACUCUUUCAUUACGUGGUGUAGUGCUCCCAGUGAUAACCAUGUGCAGUCUUCACCCCAGGGGUCCUGAGGAACAGGCUGAGGGGUGUACAGGGUGCAUUUCAGUUCUCUCAGGUACUGCAUGCUGGCAGACUUGAGAAUAGUCAAUAAUGCUGUUCUCACAUUUGGUCACAUUUCUCUGCAGUUGCCAUGUUAAUUGGCCAUGGAUUGACUAUUGUAUAAACACUCUAACUGUAUAAUAUGUCAACUUACAUUUAGUUUUUCAUUUAUAUUUUCACAAGUGUUGCCUAUUAUUAUCAUACUGACUUCAUGAAUGCAUUGAUUUAGGUGUGAUGACAAAUAUAUAACAUUAAUGAGUGCUUAUCUGUGUACAUUAACAAUAUAUGCAGAUCUGUAUUUGUAUGUGUGACAGGAAGAAUGAAUGGUGUGUGUAUGAGUGUCUGUGAAGGAUAAGAGCAUGUGUGAAAGCUCACCCAUGCAUCUUUUUUGUGAAUGAGGAAAUACAUGUAUGUAUGGGUAAGAGUGUGACUUGAGUGCAUGUAUAAAGACCUGAAAAUGUUCCUACCUAUUGGUUGUGGAAAAUGAAGGUGACAGCCGUGUAUCUAACCAUAUGCCCCUCAAUGUACACAAACCACUCGCUUCAUAAUCGACUAAAUCAUGCAGUAAUCAAUUUUCAAAUCAGUCAUGAUGCAAGGGUGACGAUUGGUGUUAAAUAGGAUGAAUUCACUUUUUUUCACAAAAUUUGCUCUAAAUUUAUAUUUUUAUAUGAGGUUGAUGUUUUGUUUUUUAUCAUCAUAACAAUUGAACAAUGUGCACCAAGCAUAACACAGUGGGCUUGAGGGACCAUCAGUCUGGAUGGCUCUGUGCCACACUCAAAACUUGUGGACAAAAUGACUGUAAUGAUAAUUAUGCCAUUGACUGAAUGUAGAUAAUUAAUCCUGGCACUUAACAUUGUUAGUUGACCUCCACAACAAGGUAGAGUAGUACUUGCACUUUUACUAAGGUUACUAAUUGAUUUUAAGCAAGAUAUAACUGGCUGUUCUUGAGUAGAGUUAGCUGAAUGCACUGUAGUGAGAAAACUGGAGUAGCUACUUAACCUGGUCAUUAGAUCAUGCUGACUCAUGAGCCAUAAAUACAGAAUUAUCUGAAUUACAUACCUUUCCUUAGUGGCACACCUGUCAUAAUAAAGUUAGUGAAAGUGAGCACCUGCCCAAUACUUGCAGGUGCAGUGCAUAUUGAAUCCUGACAUCUCUGAAUCAUCAGUUGUAUACCUCUGGUGGUGGUAAAGCACCACCGGGAAAUGUCAUCCUCUUACUACUCAGUAAGAGAAGCUCACUAAGGACGCUGUCACACAACACUGUAUUUCCAGCAACACAGCAUUACAGCCAACACCUCUAAGAAUUUCAUUCUGAUUUUCAAGUUUUACCAUGACCAUGAACAACUUGUAGUCAUCAUUUGACGUCAGGUGAAAAUACAGCUGUGUUGUCGGCAAUGCACUUAGUAUGUGACAGCCCCUUAAGAUCAGUUCCCUGAUGCAGUGCUCAAUAUAAUGACCCUGCAGUUCUCAGGACACUGAUCUUGUGAGUUUCCUAAGUGUUAGUGUUCAAUGAUUACUUUCCCUGAACUAAAACUUGAACGUGGUGUGACGAGUGGCUUUUACGUGACUCAGGAGUUAAUAUAAUUGGCUUUGUGAUAUACUUGUGUCACAGUACAUGAGGUGAUAGUUCUUGUAUGGUAAAGUUACCACUUUGUCCUCCCCAGAAUACAUAAUAUAUAUUAUGAAAUUGUUAAAAAGUUUGUACACUUAAAAACUAGAAAAUGUUGUUAACAGUUUUAUAUUACACUAUUUUUAAGAUUUUAAGAACAGCACAACUGUAAAACCUGAUUCAAACAGUUACAUAAAUAAUAGUCAUCUGGAUAAGACUGAGCUACCUUAAAAGACUCCCCCAACACUCCCACACAGGUGACUUGGUGAGGCAGCCGUGGCUUCCAUGCAAGCCGCUUUGUAAGAUACAAAACAUUACUAAUUGUGUCUGGGGCAUGACAGUCCUAGAUGAGUUAUUGUAGGGCAACAGUAAAGUAUAGUAGCUUUUCAUAAGCAAUUAUGUUGAUUUGGAUAUCAAUCAAUAUGAAAUGAAAGUAUAAAGUGGCAAGCACAUGUGUUUCCAAGAAGAUUUUGGGCAUGUCAAGGAAUGUCCUUAGUCAUCAUUGAAAAGUUAUUGAAGUGCAACAGUAUGUGUGACAUCACUUACAUCAUGCACUUGCAGACACACUUAUUAUGAUGAAGCUGUAAUAAGCUGUUAUUUUUUUUCUUUUUCUGGCAAAAAUGUAUUACUACCCAAGUCAGCUUUAGAUGAAAAUGAAAGGCAGCUGUGUAACUGCAUCACCAAUUAUGUGAAAUGACCUUGAAAUGUUUCACAGUUGAUUAUAGUUUUUUGUUUUUUUCCUGUGCACUGAACUUACAGGUUGUGAAAAUGCAGUUUUUUAUGCGAAAAGGGUUUCUCUAUACUAAUGAGAUAAGUUUGAAAAAAAAGUUAACUCAUAUAGUGUACUUUGGUUUAUUAGACUUUCUUAUAACAGCUGGACAAUACGUACAUAGGUGAAUAUUAUUUGUGUAUGUACAUACUGAUUUCUGUACAUAAUUCUUGUAUUCAUUGAUAGUCUCCUUCCAUUUUUCCUCCCCGGUGUACUGACACGAUAUGAUUACUUCUCAUAGCGUAUGGUUUGUGAGGAUAAAGUAAGGUUCAAUUGGGACAUCAUCUUCCUUCACUUCCUCGCCUUUCCUCAUUUAACUUCUAAGUUUAUUCAUGCAAUACUUGUUUGUGUGUUGUUAUGACUUUGUAUAUUUUUCUCAUACUUUUAGCCAUUGUAAAGUUAGGAGUGCCAUUUAUUAUGUUUCACACACGACUAUUUUGGUGGCAAAAAAAAUGAUAUGAAAAGAUUCCACAGCAAGCACUUUAAUAAGAGAUCUCUUUAGGAUCAAUCAUAUUAUGUUUGCCUUGUAUAUUUAUAGACAAUCUUCCCAAUUUCAUAUACUCAUGUAAUAUUUAUUUAGUGUACAAUUCAUUAUUGUUAUUUUUGUCAUAAGUGGUACCACAAUUGAGAUUCAGAAUAACCCUUUUGGUGUGCACUGUAAGAGGUAGGCAGGGUGCCCAUUGCAGGGGUGGUGGGGUGAUCCACGAGAUGUGAUUGCCACCACCACACAGGGAUGCACGGUGAUGUCCCUGCCCUUGGGUGUGGCAGAACAAGUCACCCAAGUCACAGAUUACUCCUAGAACAUUCAACAAUAUUGGGGCAUUCUGUGUGACAUACAGGUAAAAAUUAAUUAGUGGAAUGGGCAUUUCUGAACCUAUCAUUUCUCAGAUGAUUAAUUUUGGGAUAAUUGCCGAGUCUUGCAUUUUUAACCAAAUGAAUAAUAAAAUAUCACUAAUA